AACGCGAACACUGCCGAGCUCCUUACCUCAGUUCGCGUCAGAGAAUUUCUUCGCACAGCAGCAUCAACCGAAGCGGCUUCCAACUUUUUCUGUCAAGAUGGGUCGUGUUCGCACCAAGACAGUGAAGAAAUCCUCAAGGCAUAUCAUUGAGAGGUACUAUUCCAAGAUGACAUUGGAUUUCCAUACUAACAAGAAGAUAAUGGAGGAAGUUGCUAUAAUCCCUUCAAAGCGUUUGAGGAACAAGAUUGCUGGUUUCACUACUCAUUUGAUGAAGAGGAUUCAGAGAGGACCAGUUAGAGGUAUCUCAUUGAAGCUGCAAGAAGAGGAGCGUGAGAGGCGUAUGGAUUAUGUUCCAGAAGAAUCUGCAAUCAAGACUGAUGUUAUUGAGGUUGAUAAAGAGACUCUUGACAUGCUUUCUUCCCUUGGAAUGAGCGAUCUUCCGGGUGUUAUCAAAGCUGAAGUUGAGCCUCAGUCUUUUGCUGCAUCUGCACCUUUUGGUAGGGGGGGUGCUGCUGGGGGUUUCAAGAAGAGGUACUGAUGUUUUAGAGGCAGUUUUUCAUCAAUGUUUUGAUUAUUGCUGUCAUACUUUAUUGUUUUUUUUUAAUGAAUUGGGUUUUAAUUUAUGAUACACUGAUAAAUUCGAUGAUGGAUUGAGUUUUGUUACAUAUUUGAUCAUGUUGGAUAUGUGCUCAGCUAAUUGCUUAUA